AUGGGAAGGAACUACUUCAACAAACAAGAGGUUCUGAAAUGGAAAGAUGGUGUGGGGCCUAGAAGAAGGAAAAGGAUUAAAGCAAACAAACUUGAAACCUCAUCUUGUGUGUCACAACCUUCUGAUGGGAACAAGUUUCAGGUUACAGUUGGUGAAAAGGCCUUUGUGGUGUCUCUACAGGAGAAUGAGUGCUCAUGUAGAGCAUGGCAGCUUUCUGGUGUACCAUGCAAUCAUGCCAUUUCAAGUAUACAUUACAUGAGACAUAAUUUGUUAUCGUAUUUGGAUGAGUACUUACACAAAGAGGCUUACAUGAAGACAUACCAAUAUGGCCUAACACCCUUCAUUGGUGAAGACAUGUGGGCUAUAGUUGAUGAGCCUCCAAUCUUGCCACCAGAAUUCAAGAAAAAACCAGGAAGACUAAAAACUACAAGGAUUAGGGCAGAUGAUGAGGAACUAAAAAUAUCUAGUACUGGUAAGAUUAGCAAAAAGGUUGUGCAAAUGAAGUGCCAACACUGGGGAAGAUUGGCAGGCCAAGGAAGAAUACACAGUGGCAGCAAUGCAGACCCAUCUGAAAAGAUUCUAAGAAAAGACUUGCAAUAG